AAACGCCCUUCAAAGCAUAUAUUUAAUCUGAGAUAGAUUGAAGUCACAAGAAAAGAAAAAAAUGGGGGUGGCAAGCUCGCGAGUAGAUGUGAUAUCGAAUCAAACCGAUGCAGUGAUCGAGGUAAGAGAAGUGCGAGAAGGAGCUUUACCAGGCAACUACGGUGACAUCAUCAAACUCCAACCUAGAGAAGGCAAGGAGGUUCGUGCAUCCAAGUUCACUAGUCGGAGCGAACUCUCUGGGAGGGUAUCAGUCCUAGAGAUUUUCGUCAAUGGGAAGCAGACUGAUGCUUCCUUGAGUGCUCCAAAGUUGAUUCGAUUCUCAAAAAUUGUCUUCCGCCGUCCCGCCGGCUCUCCAAAUUUUACCAUCUCCGGCAUCCGAGCCAAAGUCACCGAUCUUCGUAGAAUCUGGUUGUUUGGGUGUUUCGGGAGAGAUUACGAGGGCAGACAAGAAGAAACCAUCAAAACGGUCCCGUUUCCCGUUUGUGAUGCUUCUACUAUGAUGAUGGAGCCGACUGGCAAUUUGAGGAACUCUGUUACACCAGAUGGAAGAGAAAGAGGUUGAGGUGCCAAAAAGACUUGCAUGACAUCUUCCAGAUUCAUAUUUUUUGAUAAACUAAUGUUUAUGGUUGGAUAUGGUGCAUCCCAAUAAGUGUUCACUGAACUUUGAUAUGUGAUGUGGCCAUCUGUAUAAGAGUCUAUUGUUUAGUUUUUGUAUUUUAUAUGAAAGUUGUUAUUA